AUCCAACUUCCUUUUUCUUCUUUGGUGGCCGCUCUCACAUAUUGACUUGCUGUAUGUUGAAAUGAUCGACAACUCACUUUUGCAGCUCGGUGGUAGCUUGGAUGGGCAACGUUGCUUCAAAAAGGGGCACAUUUAUGUACAUAUUUCAACAUGGACGGACGACACGCGUGUUCGACUCCUCGAGUCGUGGCUUGUUGAUUCAUUCUUUAUUCUCAACCGAGUGAAAUUUGUAUACGGAAUUAUCGGUAUCCAAGAUGACAAGAUUAUCCAAGAUUGUUGCGGGGGCAGCACUCGCCCCUGUCGCGUCUUCUCUGAGCCUCAACCCAAACGACCAGGCCUCUAUCAAGGAGAAUGCAGCCCAGGUCGCAAAGGGCCUUUACGUAUAUCAUGAUCCUAGCUCGACGACAGGCCAGUUCAAACAACCGGAACCGUGGUUUUGGUGGUUGUCGGGCUCGGCGUGGAACGGCUUGAUGGACUACACUGUAUACACGGGCGACACAACCUACCAAGCCGAUAUCCUGUCCGCGCUGGCAAAGAACCUGGGCCCGAAUUACGACUUCGUUCCGACCGAACAGGAGUCAUGGGAGGCGAACGACGAUCAGGUCUACUGGGUGUACAACGCUCUUACGGCGAUGGAGUAUAACUUCCAAGCUCUGCCAUGUGAGAAGUCCAAGACCGAAGCAGACAAGGAUUGCGCCAACUCUUGGCUCACAAUCGGCACAAACGCCUUUGAGGACUUUGUGGCGCGGUGGAAUAAAGACAGCGCAACCUGUGGAGGUGGUCUCAAAUGGCAGUUCAUCGAGACAGCCAACGGCUACUAUUACAAAAACUCCGUGUCCAAUGCUGGUUUCUUCCAGACUGCCGCCCGACUUGCGCGGUACACCGGAAACCAAACUUUUGGCGGCUGGGCCACCAAGGUCUGGGAUUGGUCUACGAGUGUUGGCUUUGUCAGUCCCGAUUUCCACGUUUUCGAUGGCGCGGGCGACGAUAAGGAUGCGAACUGCACUGCGGUCAACAAGGAUGAGUGGAGCUAUAACAUAGCCUCUUACAUCCAUGGCGCCGCCCACAUGUACGCCUUCACCAACAGUUCGACGUGGGAAUCAAGAGUGCAGGGUCUGGUUCGCACGGCGCAGAGUACCUUCUUUAGCCCUACGUCCAACGCUACUGGCGUGAUGUAUGAGCAGAAGUGCGAACUGGACUCGACGUGUAACAUCGACCAGACUAGCUUCAAGGCCAGCCUGGCACGUUGGCUUGCAAAGACGGCAGUCUUGGUUCCUAGCUUGAAAUCAGAUAUUGACGUACUGCUCGAGGCUACUGCUCAGGGUGCUGCUUCUAGCUGCACCGGCUACGGCAAUGCUACCUGUGGUGUGCAAUGGUACACUGGCGGCUUUGACGGCCAGUCGGACUUGGGUGUUGAGCUAAGUGCUCUCGAAGCCGUCCAGAGCCUACUGGCGGCGAGCGCACCGAAGUUUUCAGUUCAAUCUUAGUGGUGUGUCUUGUAUGCAGUCUUUGCAGCGCAAGUAUCUUCUUGUAUAUAAUCACCCGGCUUAUGUAUGGCAUGGUAUAAGCACGACAUUGUAUGUCACUGUAUAUAGGCAUCAUCUUGCGUAGCGGGAUAUGUAGUUUGUUUGUCAUA